AUGGAGUUGGUUAUGUCAAAACACAGAACUAUUUCACUUUAUUGUCUCAUGUUUCAUUUUGUUGCCAUUGCUUUUGGGACGAACACUACAAGAGUCCUAACCCAACAAGGCUAUGUCAGGGGAAUACGACAAGACAUCCAAACCCACCAGGGACAAACAAAAACCAUCUACAAGUUCCUGGGCGUUCCUUAUGUUGAGAAGCCCAUAGGUAAUCUUCGCUUUAAACCUCCACAAGCUCUUUCCAAUCAAAGAUUAAGCGAUUACAACGCUACUGAUUUCCGACCAAUUUGUAUACAAUCUGGAAACUAUUUUGAUUCAAUAAGUAGGGCAUGGCCAGAAUUCGAUCCAAAGAGAGAUAUGAGCGAAGAUUGCCUGUACCUGAACAUCUACACUCCAAGUACGAACUCAACAUGGAGAUACCCGGUGAUAGUCCAUAUCCACGGAGGAAGUUAUUACGUAGGUACCCCUACUCGUGAUAUAUUAGCAGGCGAGUACUUGCCUACACGCGGUGUGGUUCUUGUCACUAUCCAGUAUCGACUUGGACCAUUUGGAUUCUUCACUACUGGGGACUCAGAGGCACCUGGAAAUUUGGGGCUUCUUGACCAGGUAGAGGCCCUCAAGUGGGUUCAAAGAAACAUCAAUAGUUUUGGUGGCGAUAACAACAGCGUGACUCUCCUUGGUGAAAGCGCAGGAGGAUCUAGUGUGGCUUUACACUAUUUAUCACCUCUGUCAUCAGGACUGUUUCAUCGAGGUAUUGCAGUGAGCGGUGUGGACUUUUGUCCUUUCGCCUACAAACCAAAGUCUUCAGUCUUAGCUUACAGCAAAGAGUUGGUAAAGAAUGUCAAUUGUACAAGAAACAGCAGCCAAUUAAUUGUUCAAUGCCUUCAGCUAGUUUCAAGCACCAAUGUCUUCACGAAUUCAAGAUACUGGCUACUGCAGCCCUUCGUUGACCAACACUUUUUACCCGACAACCCAAAAGCGUUGAAAAAACGAGGACAAUUCCUUAAGCUUCCUUUAAUGGCAGGCUUCGUGAGCCAGGAAGGUUCUUUUGUUUUGGAAUUUGAAAAAGUAAACGUAUAUGAUGACAGAAGUUUCAGAACUUAUUUAGAAUCGUUUUUUGAACUAAAAUUCGGACGUAAGGUACACAAUGCUCAAGCUGCCUACAGUGCUCUAAAGUCUCAGUACACUCCUGACAACAAUGACCCCAGUGAGUACCGUAAGAAACUUGUAGAGAUGUUGUCUGACUUCUAUGUUACUGCACCAACCCAUCCUUCCUUAACCUUCCAGAGUGAGAACAGCACUGCUAACUUCAUGUUCGAGUUCGCUCAUCGUUCUCAAUUCCAUCCAAAACCCCAGUGGAUGGGAGUCGUCCACGAAGACACAACUGCCUACAAGUUUGGUCUACCACUUCUCAGUUCUAACCCAAGUGAGCUGAGGUUUGAUGACAACGACCGGAACGUCAGUGAUAUGGUGGUGACCAUGUUUACCAAUUUUGCCAAAUUUGGUAACCCCACUCCUACCGCUGUCAAUGGUGUGCAGUGGGCGUCCUUUAACUCUUCCCUCAAAAAUUACCUGAAAAUCCAAAGUAACCCUGUAAUGACCAGCAAUUACUAUCCACAAAGGAUGACCUUCUGGAAUUCCCGUUUCCCAAUGUUGUUUCCAAACAACAGCACUUUACCAUCCAGCACCGGGCCGCAGUCAAGGGGCACGAAAGUGAUACGAGAUGAACUUCUCAUUCUGCCGAUUUGGUGA